UUUCUCACCCCCCACCUAUUUCAUCGUUUCUUUUCAUGAUCUCCCCACCUCUCAAAUGGCUGACGGCAAUCGAUUUGUGAUAUUGUUUGAAUAAAAAAGGACGCUGCUCACACUUUUUACCGUCGCGAUCGGCCCCGACGAGAUCUUUCAAAAUAUGUCUAAUUGAAAAGUGCUAGAAACGGCUGCGGCGCGUUUUAUUACUGGCGGUGACAAGCUGCCAGGCUGGCGUCCACACAAGGGGAGAUCCGAGUGGGACCGUCCCACCAGGCUCGGUUGCCUGAUCUAGUGGUCGACAACGGUGUGGAAAGGCAAUCGGAAACCCCAGAAAAAGUGCGGGAGGAGUUGAGAUGGGUUCCAAACGUUGUGGUGGACACGGAUUUGCGCAUGUUCUUGAGUGGUGCCCGUUCAAUUGCUGCCUUUCAAGGUUUGUGUGACGGUGCGUCUCCAGAGGACGGCUACCUGCUGGCUUCGCGCGACGACAUUUCCCUCAACGCUCACAGUGUGCUUCAUGACUCUGGUUACAAUCACGGCAAAGCCCUGGAUGCUCUCGCGAAAUGCCCUGCGCCUGAUGGCAUUGACAAAAAGUGGUCUGAGGAAGAGACCAAACGUUUUGUGAAAGGCUUGCGCCAGUUUGGCAAAAAUUUCUUCAGGAUUCGCAAAGACUUGCUUCCACACAAAGACACUGCUGAGUUGGUGGAGUACUACUACCUGUGGAAGAAAACUCCAGGUGCGAACAACAAUCGCCCUCAUAGACGGAGACGACAGGGCAACUCCCUCAGACGUAGUCGCAACACGAGAAACUCACGACUCCCUAAGGAGUCGGAUUCCAGUGUGGGUUCGUCAAGACCAAAUUCAAAAGAGCAGAGCGAGGGGGCUGGAAGCUCUGCGAGCGAGGAGGAAAACUCGGAGGAUGAUUCUGAGGGACCUACUGGCUUCCAAUGUAGUCACUGCUUCACAACAACUUCACGUGACUGGGCGCCUCUGAACAAAGAACAAAAGAGCCCGAUCCUCUGCUCAGAAUGCAGGGCUUAUCACAAGAAGAACGGAGAGCUGCCACCCGUUCCAGCCGCGCCUCCAGGUGGAAGGGAUUCAAGAGACUCGCCAUAUCUCUUUAGGCCUGUCCAGCCAGAUGAAGCUGCUGCCGCUGCCGCAGCAGGAAGAAUGAGAACGCGCACCAGAGUCAAGGAAGCUCCUGCCCGAGGAGGAGGCCGGAAAAGGGGUAGUGGAACGGACACUCCUGAAAGCGAAGCUGAUAAAAAGUGUAAAUCCCCGAGCGCCUCAAGCAACUGUUCUUCUUCCCCCAGUGAUAAAAAGAAAAAGAAAACUGAAACCGCCAAAGCACUUAAGCGGAGCCAGACUGAAAUGGAGAAUGACGACGAUAAGGAUGCCAGUUUUAAGAGGAAGAAAGGAGAUCAGCCAGAGAGCCCUGCCAGCAGCAUUAGUUCAGACAGCGGCAACGUUUUGGAUGAGGAAACUAACGAAAAUGAAGGAGAAAUCGAGGUGCCACCUGAGCCAGAAGCGGCGAGCUCUGGUUCAGGCUCGCCUGUCACUGCCACUCCCUUCCCGCCAAGCACGCCUCCUGUCGAACCAGGUGCUGCCGAAAAGCCAAUUUUACCUGAGGACAUUAAAAAAGAAGAGCCUCAAGUUGAAGAAAAGCCUCAAAUCGAGGACAUGGAGCCUGCCGCUCCUCCGCCUGAGGUGAAACCUGAGGAAGAGGCGAAGGAAACCGUGGCUGAAAUCACUGCCGAAAUAGCCGCCCCUCCUAACAAUAAGGAAGAACCGGCCAUCAUUAAAAUCGAGCCAGUCGAGCGUCCUCCCACACCGGAAGCAAAGGAGGAGAAAUGCAAGCCUCAGGUGGUUCCCCCUGCGCCGCCGCCUCAACUUCUCAUGCCGGCCGGCGGUCCCUAUGGAGGCUUCCUGCCGCCAGGGCCACCCUUCGCGCCCCCCUUGUCUAUGCCUGAGCAGAUGUCGGAAGACGGUGCCAACCAGAACGAGCCGCAAAAUUUGAAAAUCAAGCAGGAAAUCAUCAUCCCGCCUCCGCCAACCGGAGACAUGAUGAUCGACCCUCUGCAGCAGCUAAAGGAGGUCAAGGUGCCAGGCUACUCGCCCACCAACCUCGUGUCCACGGCCGUGUCCCAGCCCCUCCCCCCGAACAGCCAACCCCCGGAAUCGAGCCCCUACUCUUCCCUGGAAAUAAAGAAAGAGGCCGUGGAGCCCGCCAAGUCCCCGAAGCCCGCGAGCCGGCCUUCGAGUCCGCGGUGCUCACCCGCCCCGACACGAGCGACCCCGCCGAUCAGGCCGGGCCCCUCGCCCUCAGCGGGUCGGGCGUCGCCAAGCGCGCCUUCGCCCUCGUCAGCGGGCGGCAACCCCAUGGUGCCCAUCUCCUCAGCCAUGGGCAUGCCGCCGUCCGUGGCCUCUUCUCCGUUCGUGGCGCACCCGGCCCUGCUGCACGCGCCGCACCACCCGGCGCACCACCACGCGCCGCACCCCCUGAGCUACCACGCGUUCCACCCGCACCACCACCCCGCCUACUCGUAUCCCUUCCCGUUCCCCUAUCCGUACUCGCCUCUGCCGCCUCAGCUGCCUCCGCGCAUGCAGUCAGUGCCUCCGAGUGGUGCCCCCGAACCUGGACCGACGCCCCCUCGGCAGGAGGAACAGCCUCCCUCCGCGCCGUCCACCCCGUCGUCCUCGCACAAGAAGCACCACCGCUCCACGCCCCCCUCCAGCGGUGGUGGCGGCGGCGGCCACCACUCGUCCUCGUCGGGCUCGUCGCACCACCACCAUCACCACCAGUCUUCGGAAAGAUCUUCCUCCUCGUCAGGGCACCACAAACACUCAUCGUCGUCGUCGUCUCACCACCAGUCUCCGGGGCUGAUGAUGCAUCCUGGAUCUCAGCUGAUGCCGUCGGCGCAGACGUCGUCGCUGGAAAACCUGCGCGCCGCCUCGCACGGCUUCCAGCAGCAACACCAGCAGCAGCAGCAACAGCAGCACUCGCCCGGCGGCCCGUCGCCCCUGCACCCCCUGCACCACAUGCAGCACCAUUUGCCACCCCACAUGUCGCGACAUCCGAUGCUACCUCCGGAGGAGCCAAAGUCUGAAUCAGACUCCAUCAUGCCUGACGAGGAAGAGGUGCCAAGUCCCAACCACAUACCUAGAGGCCCCAGCCCGGAGCCGAAAAUAGAGGACACCGAGUGCCACCGAAGCCAAAGCGCCAUAUUUUUGCGCCACUGGAACCGUGGAGACUACAAUUCAUGUGCACGCACAGAUCUUACUUUCAAGCCAGUGCCUGAUUCAAAAUUGUCUCGCAAGCGUGAAGAGCGAAUGAGGAAGCAAGCUGAACGAGAUAGAGAAGAACGAGAAAAAGCGGCCGCUUUAACGAGAAAAAUCACCACACCGGACAAACAAGACGUCCCCAAGCCCCCCUCGAGAGGUCCAAUCGAAACCAUCACUUCGCCUUAUGACCGAUUUGCACCAAGACCAGGUUACCCUGACACACCAGCUUUAAGACAAUUAAGUGAAUACGCCCGUCCUCACGCCGGUUAUUCCCCUGGUGGUAUGCCUCGAUCAGCUGGACCUCCUGUGCUUGGCCUUCCGCCCCAGUGUAUGGACCCCAUGCUGCAAUACCACUUAUCAAACAUGUACGGCCCAGGAUCCAGAGAGAGGAUGGAGUUAGAGCACUUGGAGCGCGAAAAGCGUGAAAGGGAAAUGCGGGAGCUACGAGAGAGGGAGCUGAACGACCGGUUGAAAGAGGAGCUGAUGAAGAACGCUGUUGCCAGCGGAGCACCCCGCCUUCCAAAUCCCAUGGACCCCCAUUGGUUAGAUAUCAGCCGCCGGCUAACGCCUUAUCUUGGUUACAGGUAUGCCGCCGGUCCAAACCCGUCGGCCGCUGCAGCAGCCGUCGCGAACGCAACCGCGGCGGCCGCGGCAAUGCAGCAGUACGGCAUGUACCCACCCCCUCUCGGUCCCGGCGGGCCGGUGUUGAGUCCCCUUGAGCGAGACCGCUUGGAACGACUAGGUUACGGUCGUCCUGGUGGCCUUAUUCCCCGAGACCCAACGCUUGGCAUCCCCCACCCAGCAGAACUGCUAGGUCGCCAGUAUGGAGAUCAAAUUGCUCAUCAGUUAUCAGCUCAAGCGGAGUUUCAGCGGCAAUUAAUGCUCGAGCGGGACCGUUUUGGGCAGACUCAGAUGCAUCCAGCUUCCCUCGUAGCUCAGCAUGAGGAAUACAUGAGGCAACAACGAGAGCGCGAAAUGAAAGUAAGAGCCCUAGAAGAAGCUGCCAGGGGAAGUCGGCCCUGAGAUGAAGAAGUGCACAAAUAUUAGAAAAGUUUAGGUUAAGCGGGUAGCUAGGGGCCUAGUCUCGAUUGAAAUAUUUGUAUGUAAACAAUGAUAACAAUUAGUUGCACCUUCACUACUUUUCCCUUUCCCAGCCCGUGGAAAAAUUGUAAUCAUAGUUAAGAGGUAAUUUUGACGCGAUCUAAAUGUUGGACAUAUUUUCUUGAAGCGAGAAUUCAUUGCGACUUGAUGGCUACGUAAAGUGUACGUUAUUGUAAAUACGAGAAAAAUAAGCACUCACACAAAUUUUUGACAGGGCUUGCGACAAAAGUUUUUAUCCAGAGUAGACCGAGGUAGAAUGUAUUGUUAAAAUUGUACGCACUCUUUUCAUUUGAAUUGAAAAAUCUACGUCUGGUUUAUAACGUAGCACUUUUUACCAUCAUAAUUUAUUUUUUAGCCGACGAUUUGUCUGUUUUUCUGACAAAUAGAUAAUUUAUGUGUACUUUUGCGCAAAUGAGGUUGUAUAUAGGUAUUUUUAAAAAUCUCUUCUUGUGGCCAAUCAAUCAAUCUUGUUACUUGGGCUGAUUUUUAACAAGAUUUUUAGGAAUGCCAUCGCCCUGUUCAUUUUUUAUUAAAUACAUAAUUAAUUAACACCUGCCAACUGCGUUGGUGGCAUUGAACGUUUAUUUUAAUUAAUUGAAUCUCAAUUUAAUUCUAAAAGAGGCGCUUUCACAAACAUUCUAACAAACAUGGUACAGCAAAUUAUAAUUCUACACUACUCGCCUUUGACAAAGAUGGACCUUCAAUAGUUCUUAACAAGGAAAUUAGCUAAAGUUGAUCAAGUGCAAAUUACCUGGAAUUUUGACCAAUCCGGAAACGUUUAUUAUUUCAACGGGGCCAUAUCGAAAAAACAAUGUAGUACUCUCUGUCUCAGCAAGAAAUCUUUACGAAAGGAGAAAAAACAUAAAUUUGUGUGUCCCUGAUUUAACACCUUAAGUGGCUACAAAUAAAAAUACAUGAGAUGAGUGUUCCCUUUCACGCAAUACUAUAUUACUAAUUAAUAACAACAAUAAGCAGUAUUUUCAUAGCAAAUAUUUUUUGUUCGAUUAGCGAUGAACCACAAAUCAUGUGUACAUAAAUAUAAUUAAAGCAGCGAAUCGUUAUCAUGUUAAAAUGAAAGUAAAAAUCGCAGCAAAAACCACUGUCAGAAUGUAUCGUAAUUUGAAUUUCGAAUGCGGCAGAUUACCAUUGACAAUAUUUUGGAAUCAGCCAAAAAUUCCAUUAAAUGAUAUGUAUGUCAAAAAUUAGUAAAGCUUAAGAAUUCCUUAAAUUGAAGUGACAAUGGAAAUUGGAAAUGUUCGAAUCGGCCACCGCGUAGCCGUCAAGUGCUGGAAAAAAGAGCUGCCAUUUUGUGACAUCAUCAGUGUCAUGGCUGCUCGUUCCUUGCCGAUUGUUUGGUUUUUAUAUGAAAAUCAUGUUAUUAGGCGUAUUGCGAUAUAAUUUAUUGCUGAGGGUCCAAUUAGGUUAAUCGGCCCAAUUACUCCACGUCCCGAAAUCGGCAGAAAUUAAUUAAACGGUUAUUUUGGUGGAUUUUGUUUAAAAUUGCUGUAAUUGUUCUCUGAUUGGCUUGUAGACAGCAGCGCCACAGCGAGAGCCAGCUCAAUUAAACUAGCCAAUCGGAGAACAGCUUUCUUCCCGCCAAAUUAACGGUUUUUACGUUUCCACUGAUUUUGGGCCAAGUGAUUCGGCUUCCCAACUCAAUUUAACCUUCAGGAAUCGAUUGUCACUUUCAAAAUUAAAAUUCCUUUUGCUCAAUUUUAAAAUGUUUUCCACCCUGAGCAGUGAUGACGUCACAAAAUGGCCGCUCUCUUUUUCCCCAGCCCUUGACAGGUAAAAUCGAGGUUAAUUCCAAAAAUUCCAACAGCCUCCUGCUUUUGACUAUUAUAAAAAUGACGUUUAAAAUUAAUAUUUUUUAUAUACGUGUCCUUUAAUUUUAAUCUGCUGUAUUCGAAACAGGUCCGAUCAGACCCAGAAAAAAGCAGUUCAAGUCUCACGAUGGAUCUAAGUAACGAUUGAAAAUGCAUUUUUCUGCUAGAAGUGUAAAAGUGUAUUGUAAGCAGUUGGCUUGAACGGUGUAACUGAACUAUUCUUCAUCCCACAAAGUGUACUCGGGAAAACCAAAUCGAGAGGGAGCCAUACCAAUAAGCCCCUGCUAUUACGGGUUUAUGGUCUCUUUUUUGUAACUUUUUGGUUGGUUUGGCGAGCUGAAGAAAAAAUAUUUAAAAGUGGAUAAAUGUGUGUCACUAAAAUUGGUAUGAGAGAAAGAAAACUCCAGCAAAAAUCACGUAACAACUGCAGUUAAUUUUAAUAGUUUUAAUUACUUAUACAGGCAUAAAUAAAUAUCACAUAGAAUGAAGGAUUUUACGUAGACAGAAUCCUUUGGUUUUCAACUAUUUAUUUUUCUGUUUGAAUGUGUUUUGACUGAUACAAAAGUGAAUAAAAUUAUUCUAUAAUCAAA